AUUUACACAUAAUACUGUAAAGUAUACAUGUGAUAUAAGUAUGUUAAAAAAAACUUUACUAAAUAUGAAAGCUCAUCGUGUGCAUGUAUGCGUAUGUGAAUGCGUGCGUCUAUGUUCAAAUACAUAAUAGUACAUACAUUUUAAAAUAUCAAUAUCGAUAUUUUAUUUUAAAUUGACUUAUUAUUAUAAUUUGAGUCGGUAAUCUCAGGAGAUAAUGCGGUUGAUCGUAAAUUUAUUUUUGUCGUAAGAUGGCAUGAUGUUACGUUAGUACUAUACAAUCGUUUAGAGGUUGUGUGAAGUGACUCAUGUGUAUGCACAUGUAAAUUUAUCGAUUUAAAUUAAAAUUAAAAUUUUAUGUGAAAAAAAGCUCUAUAAUAAAUAAAAUUAAUUUACUCUGAGUUUACUAUUAAAGUGACAUAAUAAAAAUGUUAUGUUCCAAGGCUGGUUUGGUACUCAGAAAUAUUGUAAGCGAUACAAUUCAUCGAGAAACUAAAUAUAUUGGAAUCUUAACAAAAUCAUUCUCCUCAUUAGGAGAAGUAAAAAAUGUAAAGUCUAAUCCUGAUAAAUUAUAUAAAAAAAUAGAAAUUGAACUUAGAGGAAAUGAUCCUGCCGUACUAAAGAGUUAUGGCCAGUUUACUGAAUUAACUGCAAACCAUUUAGAAAUUAAUAUGCUAAGAAAUACAACACCUAGAAAAGCUGUGCAUGAACGACUAACAGUGUUGAAAUCUGUACAUAUAUUCAAAAAACAUCGUGUACAAUAUGAAAGCAGAACUUACUAUAGAUUUAUGGAUUUUGCAAAACUAACAGGAUCUACUGCAGAUACUUUCUUAGAAUAUCUUCAACGAAAUUUACCAGAAGGUGUAGCAAUGAAAGUUACAAAGGUCGAAUUACAGAAAUUACCAGAAUCUAUACAGACACCACCGAAUACUGCUUAAUUUUACAUAAUUAUUGAAAAUCUGUUACCAUAGUACAUACAGUAAAUUAAAUGAAAUUGGCCUUAAAUAAUUUAUUUAUAAAUCAUAAACUAUUUUUUUCAUAGAGUUGUGCCUACAAAAUGUAUAUAAAAUAUUAUGUUUUUAUACUGACUUUUUUUAAGCAUAAUCACCACUUAGCGAUUGUAUUAAUGCUACAUUUUGUUGACAGAAAGAAAAAUGUCCUUUUCCAGCGAUGAUUUAAUGGUAAUAACAUUGUUUGAUAUUUCAGGUGCUUUGCUAGGUACAUUAUGCUGAAGUUCAGGUAGCUGAUAUUUCUUUUGAAAUAUUAGAGGUUUAUUUUUUUCUACUGCCUGAAUAUUUACAGUUUUAAGAGGUGUAUCUUUGAAAUUUGUAGAUAUAAAGUGUUGCCGAUCGUCA